GAAGGAGGUGAUAGUUAGAACAUUCUGAUUGUGACAGAUUUUUCAGUGAAUUUUUAUAAAUCCUUAGAACUAGUUGUCAAUUCAAUAUCAAUUCAUUAUUUAAGUAUCAAUUGUUUGACGGGUGGUAGUGGUUCUCAAAUUUCUCAUCUCCUUGGAAACUGCGAAACAAUUUAUACAGGAGAGAUAACGUCAUGGCGGCCGUAGCUGCAGCAAAAGUUCAAGAGGUCCGAGAAAUCACCAGAAUAGAGCGCAUUGGUGCUCAUUCUCACAUCCGAGGACUGGGGCUAGACGACAGCUUGGAGCCUCGCAAUGUUUCCCAGGGUAUGGUGGGCCAGCUUAUGGCUCGUCGAGCAGCAGGUGUUGUUUUAGAGAUGAUCAAGGAUGGAAAAAUUGCUGGACGAGCAAUUUUAUUAGCUGGGCAGCCUGGUACAGGGAAAACUGCUAUUGCUAUGGGUAUGGCCCAAGCCCUUGGCCAAGACACUCCAUUCACGUCUAUGGCUGGUUCGGAAAUUUAUUCCCUGGAAAUGAGUAAAACUGAGGCAUUGACGCAGGCAAUUAGAAAGUCUAUAGGAGUACGGAUAAAAGAGGAAACUGAAAUUAUUGAAGGGGAAGUAGUUGAAAUCCAAGUGGAUAGGCCAGCUACCGGAGUUGGCGCCAAAGUUGGAAAAUUAACACUGAAAACCACAGAAAUGGAAACUAUUUAUGAUUUAGGAAACAAAAUGAUCGACAGUUUGAUGAAGGAAAAGGUACAAGCUGGAGAUGUAAUAACGAUUGACAAAGCGACUGGAAAAAUCAAUAGACUCGGUCGGUCGUUCACACGUGCCCGAGACUAUGACGCGACAGGGUCGCAGACCCGAUUUGUUCAAUGUCCAGAAGGCGAGCUGCAAAAACGUAAAGAAGUAGUUCAUACCGUGACUCUGCAUGAAGUUGACGUUAUAAAUAGUAGAACCCAUGGUUUCUUGGCCCUGUUUUCUGGAGAUACCGGUGAAAUAAAAUCUGAAGUUCGCGAUCAAAUUAAUGCCAAAGUCGCGGAAUGGCGAGAAGAAGGAAAGGCUGAAAUUGUACCUGGUGUCCUUUUUAUUGACGAAGUACAUAUGUUGGACAUUGAGUGUUUCUCAUUCCUCAAUCGAGCUCUUGAAAACGAAAUGGCACCUGUAGUUAUAAUGGCUACGAACAGAGGCAUUACCCGAAUCAGAGGUACGAAUUAUAAAAGUCCUCACGGCAUACCAAUUGAUUUAUUGGACCGUAUGAUCAUUGUCCCAACGAGUCCCUACCAAGAGAAGGAGUUAAAAGAAAUCCUAAAAAUUAGAUGUGAAGAAGAGGAUUGUGAAAUGGCAGAUGACGCUUUGACGGUACUAACCAGAAUAGCACUAGAGACCUCGCUCAGAUAUGCAAUUCAAUUGAUUACGACUGCUUCGCUGGUUGGUAAAAAACGAAAGAGUACCGAGGUCAAUAUCGAGGAUGUGAAACGUGUUUACUCCCUAUUUCUCGAUGAAAAUAGAUCUUCACAGUUCCUAAAGGAAUACCAAGAUGAGUUCAUGUUCAAUGAAAUGGAGGAACAAGCGAUGGAGAUAUCAUAGUAAGGGAUUCCAUUGUAAGAGUUCUUCACCAAAGUUAAGUACUAUUAAUAAACUACUUAAUCUUGAAGUAAAAAACAUCUGCUGAUGUCAUCGGUGUUGUAAUUUCCAGAUAAUUUUCUGUUUAAGGAUGCACUGAUUUUGUAUUAUUUUCCAUCAAGUAAAUAAGUAUAUUACAAUUUAUUGAGAACCAUUAAAAAAAAAUAUUAAAAAAAUA